AUGUGGAUUGUAAAACAUAAAGGAGAUCCACUAGGAGGCAGAGACACAGACGCUGAUUUCUCCUUCCAAAGCCCCAAAGCAUCCCGACACCAAAUCGAACUCAUAACCGGCCCCUCAUCCACGCCUAUCACCCAAUUAAAGAUCCGAAUAUUGUCAAGAGCAAAAACGAAAAUAAAUCAAACAUUAUACAAACUCGAAAAAGACUCUCCCGGACCCCUAGAAUACGAUUUCUCAACCACCGCCAAUAUCAUAAUCGAAAGCAUCUCAAAUAAUGGCGAAGACACGCCAAUCGAAAUCCAUUGGCAUCCAUUCAAUCUCUUCCCCGGACAGGCAUCAUCCAUACUCGACGCGAUUGGGGACAUGAUCGAUAUUCGAAUCGUGGAUGAUGUCAGACAAGCGACGCAUUAUUAUACGAAUAAAGAAUUGGAUGAUGCGGGGUUUAGACUAGCGGUGAUGAUGGGGUUGCCGUUGGUGAAUAAUAAAUGGUUUCAGACUAUUAUGGAUCAUCCUGGUGAUGUGGGGAGGUGGCUAGUGGAUUUGGAAGCGGGGAGAUAUUUGCCCGGUGGUGAUGAGAUGUUGUUGCCUCGAAAAGAAAGGAGGAGGUUGUUUGAUGGAGUGGGUGUGUUUGUAAUAGGCAAGAGGGUGGAAUGGUUGGAGAUGGGGGUGGAGGUUGAUGAGAAGAAUGGGGGUGUGAAAGGACAGAUUAGGGAGAUGAUGGGGGAUAAAGAGGAGUUUAUUGUGGUCGGCAAGAAAUCAAUUGAUGGAAUUGAUGUGGUGUCGGAGGAUGAUAUUUGGAAUGCGGUGAAGAUGUGUUCGGUUAAGGGAUUGAAAAUUAAUACAAAACAACAACUCAAUCCACCGCCUGCACGAGCUGCCCUACCUGCGCCAAUCCUACCAGAACCAAGCAUUCCAGCUAAACGAUCAAUAUCUCCCGAAGAAUCCACAAUUGCACCAGCUGCAACAACAACACGUCCAGGCACGCGAAAGAGAAGAAGGUAUGAAAAAGUCGACAAAUUGCAUUUCUUCAGCUUGGCAACACCAACUAGUGAUGCAGAUAGCAUUAAUAAUACCGAUUCUGCACCAAAACAAGCACAGGAAGAAGAAAAAUCUCAAUCAGUAGAGAUUUCCCCAGAGGUAGAAGAGACCCCUACUCCUGCUGUUGUACUGGAGGAUACAAAUAGUGCGACUGCUGAGAUUGAAGAAACGGUAGCAAAUCGAGAGCCGUCUCCGAUAUUAGAACCAAUCGCACCAGAAUCCGAGCCAGAAGAAAUCGAAAACGUGAUAAGUUCGAAGAAGAGACGGCCACCUGUUGAAGAAAUUGAAGAGGAGAGGAAACCAACUAAGAUUCCCAAAUUCAUGCCAAAAGUAUCCCUAGUCGACGCUAUUAAACAAACUCGUGCAAAAUCGAUCAAAAACAUAAAUGAAGAACUAGGAAUCACUGAAGAAUCCGAACAAGUGGAUGAAAAAGAACUACAAGAAAACCUAUCAAAUUUGGCAAUCGUAGAAGUUAUCGAUAUAACAAUCCGUCCAAAGAGAAUAUCCCCAAUCACGGAGGAUGUGAAUGAGAAAUAUAAGGGUAGGAAAAAUUUUAAAAAGUUUCAUAAAAAUAUAUCUAUAAAAUCCAAUUUUGCUAGAAGUUAUGUCCCUUUGGAAACCGUGUCUGUUGAUAAUGAAGUUGAAUUGAAGUCUGCUGGUGGUGGCGGUCAUAAUGUCGCUGCAGAGUUUGAUUCGUUUAUGGGACAAGUGAAGGGGUUUGCACCUGAAGAACCGAUGUUGUUUGUUCAGGAGGAAUCGGAUCUGGAGACGGAGGAACAGCUGGUGUUUCGUAACGAGCCUCCUAGAAGUAGGCCGAACGCAUAUGAACAACGGAAUAAUGAUAAUGAUGUGGAGGUGGAUGAUGACGAUGACGAAGAAGAGGAUGACCAACCGAGAUUUAGAUUUAGUAGACAACGUAGAUAG